AUGGACGGCAUCGGGGAACUUCCGAGGAAGGACGAGCCAAAGGAGACAGGCAAGGCUGAGCGGGCGAGCGUCCGGAAGCUGAAGCCAAAGUCCAAGCCGGACAAGCCGGACGCGAAGCCGGGCGCGAAGCUGGAUGCGAAGCUGGAUGCAAAGCCCGACACAAAGGCGGAUGCGACGGACGCGAAGUCCGAUGCGAAGCCGGACGUGACGAGGACGCUCAGGACACCAAGGAGGCGCGCAGUGCUACACCUGCGACGCGUGCAGCGCCUGCAACGCCUCGGCAGGCGAGCAAGGCCAAGGCGAAGCCGAAACCCAAAGCAAAGGCCAAAGUCCAGGCAGAAGUUAAGGAUGAUUCGCCCACUUUGA